AUGCACCUGCUCUACCAAAAGAGGCCCGACAACGCGCCAGCGCAGAAAAUUCUCGCAGCAGCCGCGUACGCGGGAGUGGCGAUUACCGCUGAGCCAUGUGACGAAAACAAGGCUAGCGCCGAUCCUGACUUCCUCAACUACUGCGACCCAUGUGGCGAGUACCCUGUGCUCGAGCUCGAAGACAGCUCUGGUGUCUGCGUGUUUGGCACCAAUGCGAUCCUGCGCUAUGUGGCGCGCAUGCAAGAUGAGGGGUCGGUGCACCCCUACGGUCGCACACCGUUUGAGGCGAGUCAGGUGGACAUGUGGAUCGACUUUUCUAGCACGGAGAUCGACGCGGCAAACAUGCCGUACAUCCGUAUGGCGUACGAGAAGGACACCAGUGACGUCCCGGCGGACGCCCUCGACAAGGUGAAGGCUGUGUUGGCUGGACUGGAAGAAGUGCUGAGCGUGCGCACCUUUCUCGUUGGCGAGCGCCUGUCCAUUGCCGAUCUGGCCGUCGCCUUCUCCAUCCAGUGGGUGUACCGCUGCAACCGCAAGCAUGGCCACACCCUCGCCAAGGAGUACCGUGCCGUGUACCGUCACUACAACACAGUGAUGCGCCACCCCAAGAUUCUCGCCGUGAUGCGCCGGGAGGGCGCAGCACUCGGGCCUUUGCGCAACUAG